AUGAAGUUCACUACUGCUCAAAUUGUCGGCUUGGCCGCUGCUCUCAGCUCUACUGCUGCUGCUGACCUUGUCAAGGGUUUCAACUACGGUUCCACUGACUCUUCUAACCAACCCAUUACUCAAUCUCAAUAUGAGGACUUGUUCAAGACCGCCGAGGGUCUUAAGGGUACUGCUGGUUUCACCAGUGCUCGUCUUUAUACCAUGAUUCAAGCUGGUACUCCCAACUCUCCUAUUGAGGCUAUUCCUGCUGCUAUUGCUCAAAACACCAAGUUGUUGCUUGGUUUGUGGGCUUCUGCUGGCCAGGACCAAUUCAACCAAGAGUUGACUGCCUUGAAGUCGGCUAUUGACACUUAUGGUAGUCAAUUGGGUGACCUUCUUCUUGGUAUCUCUGUUGGUUCUGAGGAUUUGUACCGUGACUCUAUCAUGGGAAUCCAAGCCAAUGCUGGUAUCGGUGCUGGUCCUGACGUGAUCUUGUCUUAUAUUAAGCAAGUUAAGCAACUGAUUUCUGGUACUGCUUUGGCUAAUACUCCUAUUACCCAUGUUGAUACUUGGACUGCUUGGGUCAACGGAUCUAAUGCCGAUGUUGUUUCCAGCAUCGACUUUGUCAGUGUGGAUUUGUACCCUUACUUCCAAAACACCAUGGCCAACUCGAUUGAUGUUGCCAAGAAUUUGUUCUGGGAUGCUAUUGACCAAACUCAAGCCAAUGCUCAAGGUAAAGAUAUCUGGGUCACUGAGACCGGUUGGCCCGUCAGCGGUCCUAAUGAGAACCAAGCUGUUGCUUCUCUUGCUAAUGCCAAGACCUACUGGGACGAGGUUGGUUGUGACAUUUUCACCAAGAUGAACACUUUCUGGUACACUUUGCAAGAUGCCAGUCCUGUUACCCCCAGCCCCAGUUUCGGUGUGGUCGGUUCUCAAUUGAGCACUACUCCUUUGUUCGACUUGACCUGUCCUGCCGGUUCUUCUUCGUCUUCUUCUUCUUCUUCUUCUUCUGCCGCUGCCACUUCUUCUUCUUCGAGCGCCGAUCCUUCUUCUAGUGCUGCUGCCACUUCUACCGAGGCCACUACCUCUUCUAGCGACCCUGCUUCCAGCUCUGCUGCCGCCUCUACCCCCUCGAGCUCUGCUGCUGCUGCUGCUACCGCCUCUUCUGCUGCUGUUUCUGCUGACGAUGUGGCCAAGUCCAGUGCCACUUCUGGCCCUGCCUCGACUUCCGAGGCUGCUCCUGCCACCAGCUCUGCUGCUGCCGCUGUCUCCAGUGCCGCUCCUGUCUCCAGUGAGGCUCCUGCUGCUCCCUCUACCACCACUGAGGCUGCUCCUGCCACCUCUGCUGCCGAGUCGGUUGCCCCCGUCGAGUCCACCACCGCCCCCGUCGCCACCGGCGCUGCUGCCUCUGUCGUCGCCUCGACCCUCUCUGUCCUCGGACUCGCUGCAUUUGUUUCUUUGUUGUAA